AUGGGUACAGGAAAAAAGGAGGCCACUCGUAGAGUGCGCCAGGGGAAGGUUGGAGAUGGCAUGGGCAAUGUCAGGGUUAAGGGUGAAAAUUUUUACAGAGAUGCGAAGAAGUUGAGAACUUUGAAUAUGCUCAAAGAUGGUAAAGCUCAACGUGAUGCUGCUGGAAAUAUCACCAAGGCCGCUUCGUACCAAUCCAGAGAUGCCCCCGUCGCUAGGAUCGAGCCGCACCGUAAAUGGUUUGGGAACACUCGCGUGAUAUCUCAAGAGGCUUUGACGUCCUUCCGCGAGGCCGUCGCCGAGCGUGCAUCCGACCCCUAUCAAGUUCUUCUCAAGACCAACAAGCUUCCCAUGAGCCUGAUCAGAGACGGUCAAGGUGUGAAUGGGCUGAAACAGCAUGAAGCAAAGAUGGCUAUUGAGACUUCGCCAUACAGUGACACUUUUGGGCCUAAGGCUCAGAGAAAACGUGUCAAAAUUGGGGUUUCAUCUCUCGAAGACCUAGCUGGCGAGACGGCCAAAAUGCAUGAUGCCUAUGUUGAGAAGACAGACCAGGAUACACAUACAGACGGCACUCCGAUUGUUUCUGGAGAUGUCAAUGUAGAUAAUAGCAAUCUUGGUGCAUAUGCUACCGCACGUGAAUCGGUCUUUUUGAAAGGUCAAAGCAAGCGAAUCUGGAAUGAGUUGUACAAGGUUAUCGAUUCAUCAGAUGUUGUUAUCCAUGCACUUGAUGCGCGUGAUCCUGAAGGCACGCGCUGCAGAAGCAUUGAGAGGUAUAUUCGAGAGGAGGCUCCACAUAAACACUUGAUCUUUGUGCUUAACAAGUGUGAUCUUGUGCCGACUGGAGUGGCGGCUGCUUGGGUUCGCCACCUUUCGAAAGACUACCCUACUCUCGCGUUCCAUGCUUCGAUAAACAACUCAUUCGGUAAGGGGUCUUUGAUUCAGCUGCUGAGACAGUUUUCAUCUCUUCACGCCGAUCGGAAGCAGAUUGCUGUUGGAUUCAUUGGAUACCCCAAUACGGGCAAGUCCUCGAUUAUCAACACUCUGCGCAAGAAGAAGGUGUGUACUGUGGCUCCCAUUCCUGGGGAAACCAAGGUCUGGCAGUACAUUACUUUGAUGAAGCGUAUCUACCUCAUUGACUGCCCAGGCGUGGUCCCGCCCAACCAAAAUGACACCCCGGAAGAUAUCCUUCUACGAGGUGUUGUCCGGGUGGAGAAUGUGGAAAACCCCGAACAGUAUAUCCCGGCUAUUCUUAAACGAGUCCAGCCGAAGCAUCUUGAUCGUACUUAUGGCGUGAAGAAUGCUGAAGAUCCUAUCGAAUUUUUAAGCAUCCUGGCCCGUAAGGGUGGCAGACUUCUCCGUGGAGGAGAGCCCGAUCUUGACGGCGUCGCCAAGAUGGUCAUCAACGAUUUCCUUAGGGGGAAGAUUCCCUGGUAUACUCCUCCACCUUACAUCCCUGUUAAGGAUGGCGAGAAGAUCGAAGGCCGAGAAGGUAGACUGGGAGAGAUGGGCCGGAAGCGAAAGCUUGAUGAAACCACACUGGAUGAAGCCAAUAAGACGGAAUAUGCUUCAGAAAAGCCGGGUUCUGCUUCUGAGGCAGAAGAGUUCGAGGGCUUCCAUGAAAGUGACGAUGAUAAUGACUCGAUUGCCAAUCUCGAAGUCAGUGAUGUAGAAAGCGGGGAGGAGAAUGACUGA